GGCGAGGGGCGGGGCCGGUGAGCAGUGGUACAGCGCACUCAUCUCGCGUAAGAUGGCGCCGGCAGCAGCGGCGGAGCGCUGAGUGAAGCGAGCGGCAGACGGACGCGCGCUCGCCCCUCCCCCCCCCAACUGCCACCUCUAUGUUGUGGCUUUCGCUGCGGGCCGGGGCCGCGGUGCUGCAGUGAGGGGGGAGCCCGAGGCGCGGGGCCUCGCCGCCGGUGGCUCGUUGGCGGGGCGGGCUCGGGCCGGUGCCGCCGCGGAGCGGUGCCGCUCAGGUAGCCGCGGGUCCCCCUCCCCCCCGCCGCCGUCCCCUCGGCAGGAGGAGGCUGAGGCUGCCGUGGGCGGGGGCCGCGCGGCGUUUCCCUGCUCGGCGGUGGCUGCGGCUCGGCUCCCCAUGUCGGACAACCAGAGCUGGAACUCCUCCGGCUCCGAGGAGGAUCCCGAGACCGAGCUCGGGCUGCCUGUUGAGCUCUGCGGGGUGCUCAGCAAGUGGACCAACUACAUUCAUGGGUGGCAGGAUCGAUGGGUAGUUCUGAAAAGCAACACACUCAGUUAUUACAAGUCUGAAGAUGAAACAGAGUAUGGCUGCAGAGGCUCUAUCUGCCUGAGCAAGGCUGUGAUUACACCCCACGACUUUGAUGAAUGCAGAUUUGAUAUUAGUGUAAAUGAUAGUGUUUGGUACCUCCGAGCUCAGGACCCAGACCACAGACAACAAUGGGUAGAUGCAAUAGAGCAACACAAGACUGAAUCUGGCUAUGGAUCAGAGUCAAGUUUACGACGCCAUGGAUCCAUGGUGUCUCUUGUUUCUGGAGCAAGUGGGUACUCUGCAACAUCCACCUCUUCGUUCAAGAAGGGCCAUAGCUUACGUGAGAAGCUUGCAGAAAUGGAGACCUUUAGAGACAUCUUGUGUAGACAAGUUGAUACUUUACAGAAAUAUUUUGAUGCUUGUGCAGAUGCAGUUUCCAAAGAUGAACUCCAGAGGGAUAAAGUGGUAGAAGAUGAUGAAGAUGAUUUCCCAACAAUGCGUUCUGAUGGAGAUUUUUUACAUAACAGUAACAGCAAUAAGGAAAAAUUGUUUCCGCAUGUGACACCCAAAGGAAUUAAUGGCAUAGACUUUAAAGGAGAAGCUAUAACUUUCAAGGCAACUACUGCUGGAAUCCUUGCUACACUCUCUCAUUGUAUUGAACUCAUGGUAAAACGUGAAGAAAGCUGGCAAAAAAGGCUAGAUAAGGAGAUUGAGAAAAGGAGAAGAAUAGAAGAAGCAUACAAAAAUGCUGUGACAGAACUGAAGAAGAAAUCCCAUUUCGGAGGGCCAGACUAUGAGGAGGGUCCUAAUAGUCUGAUUAAUGAAGAAGAAUUUUUUGAUGCUGUUGAAGCAGCUCUCGAUAGACAAGAUAAAAUGGAAGAACAGUCUCAAAGUGAAAAGGUCAGAUUGCAUUGGCCAGUGUCCUUGCCUUCUGGAGAUGCAUAUUCUGCUGUGGGGACUCAUAGAUUUGUCCAGAAGCCCUAUAGUCGCUCUUCCUCCAUGUCUUCCAUUGAUCUAGUCAGUGCCUCUGAUGAUGUUCACAGAUUCAGCGCCCAGGUAGAAGAGAUGGUACAAAAUCAUAUGACUUAUUCUUUACAAGAUGUAGGAGGAGAUGCCAAUUGGCAGCUAGUGGUAGAAGAAGGAGAAAUGAAGGUUUACAGAAGAGAGGUGGAAGAGAAUGGAAUAGUUUUAGAUCCUUUGAAGGCAACACAUGCAGUUAAAGGUGUAACAGGGCAUGAAGUUUGCCACUACUUCUGGAACGUCGAUGUUCGUAAUGACUGGGAAACAACAAUUGAAAAUUUCCAUGUUGUGGAAACAUUAGCUGACAAUGCAAUCAUCAUUUACCAGACACAUAAGAGGGUGUGGCCUGCUUCUCAAAGGGAUGUGCUGUAUUUGUCUGCCAUCAGAAAGAUACCAGCAUUCAGUGAAAAUGACCCUGAAACGUGGAUUGUGUGCAACUUCUCUGUGGAACAUGACAGUGCUCCUCUGAACAACCGAUGCGUCCGUGCAAAAAUAAAUAUUGCUAUGAUUUGUCAGACGUUAGUCAGCCCACCAGAGGGGAACAAGGAAAUAAGCAGGGACAACAUCCUAUGCAAGAUUACAUAUGUAGCUAAUGUGAACCCAGGAGGAUGGGCGCCAGCAUCAGUGUUAAGGGCAGUGGCAAAACGAGAGUAUCCCAAGUUCUUGAAGCGUUUUACAUCAUAUGUGCAAGAGAAAACAGCAGGAAAGCCUAUUUUAUUCUAGUAUUAGCAGUGAUUGGAGCAAGACUGGGUGAGCAUUCCGCGUUGGAGAAGUAACCAUGUAUAGAGCACUCCAUGCUGGAACGAAGGAUCUGCAGUCUUUUUAUGGCCCAAGUUCUACGCUUUGUAUACCGAAGUGAAGAAAUGUUGCAACACCAUGAGGCUGAAUAUUUAACACUAGCUCUCUCCUGCUAACUUUUCCUGCUGAAUCAGUGUGUAAUUAUAAAUACAUGUAUUGAUAACAUGUAUAUGGCUCUAUUUUUAUUUGCUUGCUUUAAAAGAGGAAGAACGUACAACUUUGAAUCACCAACUUGGGUUACUGCUUUAAUUUUAAACAACUUGCAGAAUUUUACUGUUAACCCUUCCUAAGAUACUUGAGCAGUUUUUGUGCAUGUCUAAAAAGCACAAAAGACAAAAGCACAUAUAGCGUACUGUAUGUGCUUUAUAUGCACAAAAAUCUGCGGUAUUUGAGGGGAGAGGAGGAGGAGUUUAGUAAAGCCUAGGUGACUUAUUGGCAGGUUUUGUUUUGCUUUGUAUAAUCAUAGUUCAUUGCUGCUGGUCUCUAUAAUGAAUCAUCUUGUUAUGUAAAAUGUCAGUUAAUAACUGAGGGCUGUCAAUAUCCUUAUGACUUUGCCUUUUCUAUUGUCUUAUUCUUAUGAAGAUCUUUGGGUCUGAAGGAGUAAGAGUGUGAAAAGCUUUAUUUUUUUCCAGAUAUCUUUAUAUUUCUAUUGUAUUUUUCAGUUAUGUAAUAUGUGCUGCAGAAUUUUUGUUAUUAAACAUGAUCCAGAAAUUUCUAGGUAGAUUCUGUAUGAGAGGGCACGAAAGCUAGAAGCUGAAAGCCAGAAGUCAUCUGUCCAUGCUACAUGUGGACUGCUUUCUUGCAUGAUACCCAGGGCUUUCCUGAAGCUGUGAGAAAGGUACACUAUAAUAUUUAUUGAAGCAAUUUGGACUAGAUAGGACAACAUUCCCAGUCUGGAAAUGAGGAUGAGUACAUUAUUUUCUGAUCCUGCAUGUUUUUCCCCCUCAUCUUAAAGCCAUGCUAUGAGGUUCAUAUAGAAAAUGUGAGUCACUUUAUUUACCUCUUGAUCAAAAACCGAGCAGAGAGCUAUGAGGAUACAUAGUUCCUACUGGAAAGUUCCCCUUAGUUGCUGUGAGAAUUUAAAAGUCAGAUAUUUUGCCUGCCUUUGAUUCUGGAGAUGCUCAUUAGGAGAGAACUGUGGCAGACAGGUACUCAUUCUUGAGAUCUUUUUAUUCAUGUCCUGUAGUUGGAGACUAUUCAGAGACUGCCGAGUGUUUCACUAACCUGUAUAUCUCAAAACAAAAGAUUCAGAUAUAUUUUUUUCAAAAGAAAGCUGAAAGUCGUAUUUGAUAUAUUAUAGUAGGUGCCUGAAAGUAAAUACAAGAUAGUUAUUUAAUGAAGAUUUGGCAAAUGAUUAAAUGUCAUCUGCACAAUGUUGAAAAACUUUUAUCUGUUCAUCUUCUCUAUGGAGAUGAAAGCAUACAUAACACAUUAUACAUGCACGCAGAUUUCAUGCUCCAUAACUUUUCCUUUUUUAUUUGCCUUUCUCUAAUGGUGUGCAUGGAAUAUGCCUUAUUACAGAAUUAUUCUGUUGAUUCGAAUAUGUAGAAAAGUGCCUAUAUGGUAAUGCUAGUAAGGCAAAUAAGAUGAAAAUUUGUACAUGUUUACUAUAUCACCAGUGAGCAUUUUAUAUAGUGAUGUUUAAAAAAAAAAAAAAAUUAUUACCUCAAAUGUACUUCAUCUUUUUACAAUCAACCUAAUGAUGGUUCAUUCACCAUAGCCACUGAUGGGAACUUAAAAAUAAAUAAAUAAAUAAAUAAUAGAGAGAGAAAAGGAAAGAAAGAAAAAAAAAACUGUCCAAAAUAAAAAAAAAGUUUAACUCCUUAUUUGCCAUUUUUGGUAAUUGUUGUUGAAUACCGGCGAGUAACUGUUUCUUAAUUUAAUUGGAUAGCUUUAUUUUACAAAGGUAUGGAAAGUUUACAAAGCAGUAUAUAAAUCUUAUAUCAUUAGUUGCAUUUGCACUAAAUGUGAUGUACUUUUGUGAUUUAUUCUGUAAAUAAAAUUACACUACAGAUACUAUUUGUAAAGAUACAUUCUACUUCUAGAUGAAGGCACUGGUACUUCACUACAGCUAGCCCUGCCCAAUCAGAACUGUAAGAGGCUUCUGACUGAAUAUGGAAGGAAUUGCAAUACUGAGGCACUGAAGAGGUCAAUCAGUACCUAUAAAACUAUCUGUAGACCUCUCAGACUGUCCAUGUGUGAGUAGCAGUUAUGUCCUUUCUUCCGGAAGGAAUCUUUCUUUUAUGGUUUUGUAAGACUUUUCCCUGUCCCUUGAGGCCACCUGUUUCUCCAGUCACUGCCCCACACGUGUGCGCUCUGAGUUCUCUUCUUCUGGUUAAUGGAACUGUUAAAUUUAUACAGCGAUGGUUUUCUUCCCAGAAGAAGCCCCUUGACUGUAGAAUGGAUAUUUUACAGGUUGAACCAAUUUGAAGGGCUGAGAAUCCAGUUACCAAUUUUCUGAAUGAUAUCUGCUGCUGUUCCAGAGAAUUGGGUAUGUUGCCAAACUAGAUCCAAAAGAAAUUACUUGAUAGAACUUGUAUUGGCAAUAAUGAGGAGAGAGAGUCAUUCUCCUGCCUGAAAACCUGCACAUCUUAUUUUCACAAGUUUUCUGUAGAAAAGAUGUCAUGCACUUUGAAAAAAGUACCUUUUACUUAACUGGGCUGAGCUGGUUUAUCUGAAGUUGUGCUGAUUCUCUUUAAUCAGAUUGUCCACCUGUAUUUUUGUCAAGUUGUACAGAUAACGCUGUAUUUGAAUUGCCACUGUUCAUCUACAGACUCAAAACAUGAAUCAUAUUUUUGAGUACCCUGAGUGUGUAGAGUGUAACUGUUUGUUCUAUAAUAGCUUUAUGAUCCUAAUGAUAAGUUUUAAAAAUUUAAAGAAGUUGGCUCUUCCAUGUUACAAUCACAAAUUUAAAACCAGUAUUUAAAAGUGAAAAGUAUUAAAAAUAUUAUGAAGAAA